UUGCGCUGAUCUACAUCUCUCUCUCUCUCUCUCUAGUCGUGCCCUUGAAGCGAUCGAAGCAAACCCAAACCACCGCUGUCUGGUUUUCCACUGUCACAGAAGGAAAAGUUUCCUACUGCAGAGGUUUGCUUUUUAUUUUUUCUGAUUCGUUUUUUUCCAUCCUUUUCUCCUUUCUUCCCAUGUGAAGUUUCAGGCUUUUUCUUGGUUACAACCUGAUAAGAUCCAACACUAGUUUUUUCGAAGAGCUAGCGCUGCAUGCAAAGGAAAAUGAGAAGAACAAAGAUAGAGAUCCAACCACGUCCAGAAGACUAUCUUCCUGAAUUAAAAUAAGCGCCCUGGCCUCUGGCUGUUGAGAUUUUCCGAGGUCAUAAUCUAGUGAUCAAUACGCAAUGAUGCCACGAAAUGGACAUGAAUUGACGGUUCCUCCAGGUUUUCGAUUCCACCCAACAGAAGAGGAGCUUCUCUACUAUUAUCUAAGGAAGAAAGUCUCCUAUGAAGCCAUUGAUCAUCUUGAUGUUAUCAGGGAGGUGGAUCUCAACAAACUUGAGCCUUGGGACCUCAAAGAGAGAUGUAGAAUUGGAUCGGGGCCUCAGAACGAGUGGUAUUUCUUCAGCCACAAGGACAAGAAAUAUCCAACUGGAACUCGAACAAAUCGAGCAACCACAGCUGGUUUUUGGAAAGCAACGGGUAGGGACAAGGCCAUCCACCUCAGCAAUAAUAAUAAUAAUAAUAAUAAUGCUAAAAGGAUUGGGAUGAGGAAAACCCUUGUGUUCUACACAGGUCGGGCUCCUCAUGGCCGAAAGACCGACUGGAUUAUGCAUGAAUACCGCCUCGAUGAUGACCUGCACACUGCCGAGGUUCAGGAAGAUGGCUGGGUUGUCUGCCGGAUUUUUGAGAAAAAGAAUAAUAAUCGAGGUUUUCAGCCAGAUCAAGGUGCUCAAGAUCAAGAACAGUACUUCACUACUAAUCAUAUGAAGGCAAGUACUAGUUCAGCUCAAGUGGUCAUAGAGCCAAAACAAAACCAUCUACAAGAAUUGUACGAUUAUACAUUUGAUCAUGGGCGCCCCUUGGCGCAUCUCCCACCGUUGAUCAGUCCAGAGUUAGCUAUUAAUGCCCCAUUUCUUAUGUCACCUGCUGGCUCAUUGAACACCAUGCAGGAAGUUGAGUGUUCUCAAAACUGCUUAAGGCUAACAGCAGCUGCAGGUUGUGGACUUAUGCAACAGGAGAGGUUUAUUAAUAAUGGUGAGUACUGGUCGCUCUUGGACAAGCUCCUAAUUGCGUCUAAUCAGAGCCUAGAUCAAAGCAAAUCGAACCCUUCAUGAGAUCAAUUAGUUACUCAUCAUGACAUGGGUAGUACCACAACUCAGAAAUUCCCAUUUCAAUACCUUGGCUGUGGCACAGACAUUUUGAAAUAUUCCAAGUAAAACUCCUAGUUUUCUAUCUCAUAUUGCUGUGUGGCAGACACAUCAUUUUAAUUUUCUAGUAGCACGACCGA